AUGGCGACCAAAGGUAUCCGGACCCGAAAGAACGCAACAUCAGUUGCUGUCAUUGGCGCUGGUGUAUCGGGGCUAUGCGCAGCCAAAUACCUCCUUGCAGAGAGAAGCAAGUCGCAUCCAGACGAGGAGUACUUCCAGGUCACCAUCUUCGAGAGGGCACCCGCGCCGGGAGGCAUCUGGUACCAGACGGCGGCCGACGAUGAGUUCGCCACGCCCAUGUACCCAGCCUGCAGCACGAACGUCCCGCGGACCAUGAUGCAGUACGAAGGCGUCGAGUAUCCCAAGGACACGGCGCUCUUUCCAGAGAAUACCGUCGUGCAGGAGUAUCUCCAAAGCUACGCACGGGAACUCCACGACAGAGGAAUCAUCCGGUACGGCGAGGAAGUGACCCUGGUCAGGCAUCGCCAGAAGGACUACAACAAGAAGUGGCAAGUGGAAUGUAGGAAGGUCUUCGGUCGCAGAACCAAGCACCGCAAAACCACGGACAAAUCCGAAUACAUGCCGACAGAAACGACCUGGUGGGACGCUGUGGUUGUGGCUUUGGGGACGUUCGCCCAGCCUGAUAUCCCGCCGCUGUACAAGAUCCCUACAAACCAUUUCAUGAGAGUCAUGCACUCGAAAUUCUACCGCGGUAUUGAAGAGUUCCGAAACAAGCGAGUCCUCAUAGUUGGACGCGGUCCAUCUUACUGGGACACUGCUCGGGAGAUCUCGAGAGUGUCUCACGGCGAGGUGCUCGUAUCCACGAGAACCGACGAUCGACUUGUCCUGAGCUCAACAAACCAGCGGCAGGUCUCCGAAGUCGCCUCGGUGAGCAAGAAUCGCAAGCUGGUCACCUUCAAGUCUGCCGAGUAUCCCUCUGCCGAAAUCGACAUCAUACUGCUCUGUACAGGCUACACCUACGACUUCAGCCUGAUACCCUGCAUCCGCCUCUCGGAAGACAAGAAACGCGUUGUGAAUCUAUACGAGCACAUGAUCUUCCUGGAAGAGGACGAGGUCCUACCACACUUCCCAUCGGCAGCAGCAGCAGCAUCCCAGCAGCCGCGUCCAUCAACGAAGGCCUCGGCCUCGUUCAGGGGGGCUAAUACCCUAGCCCUCGUCGGCCUGCUCAAGAUGGACGCCACCUUCCUCGUCGCCGAAGCCCAGAGCGCGCUCAUCGCCCGCCAUCUCUCAGGUCGCUGGACCCUCUCGGUCCCAGCCAUGAAGAAGGCCAGGGCGCAGGCCCACCGGGAACGGAAGCCCGACCCCGGAGACUCGCGCGGCUACCACAACCUGAGCUACCCGCGCGACGCAGACUACGUCGAUCAGCUGUUCGGCGAGUGUCUCCGGGCGGAGUCUCCCGCGGACGCGGGCACGGGACUGGCGCCUCCCUUCCACUCGGCCUACCUGCACUGGGUCCGCGGCCAGAUCGGUGCGAUUCGGACCGCCUUCAACGAGACAGCCAGGGAUAAUAGAGAUGGUAGAUACUCGACGCCCGAGUCGCUCGGAUUCAGCUAUCAACCGGAUCCGGACCGGGAACGCAAGUCCUCCAUCAUGGAGAGACUCAGGACUCUCAUCGAGGAGAAGAGCGUGUUGUGGAAGGCCGGCAAAGGCCUUCGGGAAUGGCAGAAGAGGUGGGAUUCGGCUUCCAGGGAGUGGCAGGAAUGGGUGGCUGCUAGAGAACUCGCAUCGCUGGAUGCGCGCCUCGAUUCCAUCGCGCUAUAG